AUGUGUCAUCAGUACAGGCUUGACUAACAGCCUGUUUGUGAAAUUUGGUCAUGCUUGAUAACAUAAUUUGAUAGAAGGUGGAGAUGCUGUAGGCUUAGAGAAUCUGGAAAAUCUAAUCAUUGGAGCAAAAUGUUAAAACCAACUAGGUGCCAUUUUAAGUUGUUAUUGUUUUUUGGUUUUGGUUUUUUGUUUGUUUGUUUUUUAAUGAGAAAUUAAAUACAAAACUAGUUGCUUUUGCUAGAAACAAAAUGCAGCUGCAACAGAAUUUUUGUAUUAGACUGUCCAGGUCACUGCACUUUAAAACUUCUGCAGCAGUAUGGAAUUGUUUUCCAAAACAUUUUGCCCUAAACCUUGUCUUCAGCUAAAUUCCUUUCUUCUCCCCUCCCAGUUUCGCCCUUGUCUUGGGUGAAACACCAUGUUGAUACAGUUUGUGGCCUUCAGUCCUAGAAAUUAGUUUCUUCAUCUGGGAAAUUUUCCAUAAACUUAGUAUUUGGAAGAUUCCAUUGAUACAAGGGGUUCUGUUCUGUCCUGCCUAGCUUAGAGCAGUACUCCUUAAAAACUGAUGCAAGAACCCUUAAAAGAGGGACAGGACUUCAGAAUUUUGUUUUCUUUCCUACGAUGAACAUUAUCACUGUGCAAGAUCAAUGUGUUGAAUACAAUUAAAGGUCAAAUUUGCCUGUUUACUGCCUGAAAGAUUAAAAGCAGUUAUUAAAAAUAAUCUGGUCCAUUUCUGAGCUACUUUGACUUUGAAAAGUCAAGUAGUCAAAUAUGUGUAAUGAAGUCAGGGCUAAUUACAUUAUUUUCUCAUGGCUUUUUUGAGUUCCUUUUUCUACCAUGUUGUGCACCUAUUAAUCAUUAAAAAAAUCCAAGCAUAUAUUCUUAUUGCACUAUAUCUUGAAGUUAGUACUUCCACAGUAUUUUUUAUAUUUUACUGUAUUAAUUAUUCAAAGACAUAGUGGUGUGCUUAAAUACAGACAUAUAAAGUCAUAGUUGAGCUUUAGCGUAAGAAAAUUAAGGGAGGUGUGUGGGGCCACUUUAAGAGAAAAUGCAGAAAAGCUGGAAACAAAGUUGAAUGUGUUUAAAAUUCAGUUUACUUUGCUCUAGAACAUCAAAAAACACCAAAGGUUUUGUCAUUCAUACAGGUAUGGCUUGUGUCACUUCUGAAAACUUGUCUGAAGAAAUCAGUAGCUUGAGGCAGCAGCCUUCAGGAAGGAAAACAACAAAAACAAAGUGGCUGGACAGGAAUGAAAAUAAAAGCUCCAUACACAGAUGUAUUUAAGAAGUGUAAUAAGUUUAGGGGAAAAUAAUUUGUCUUGGAAAUGGUGUUUUCUUUAAAACAGAUUAACACAUAUUUUCACAUUAGUAUUUCUGCAAACUGCUUUUUUUUCUGCAAAACUGCUAUGGUCCUUACGGCCUGUCUUAGGUGAAUGUUUUGAGGAUCAGAGCUUUCAUUGUCCCAGAAACCUAUGUGCAUGGCCUUGCCUGCUGACUUGAGAGAUGGAAGAGACUUCCUUGAUAAUUUCUGAUAUAUGGCCAUACAGUUCUUAGAAGUGAAAAGGUUGCCAACUGCUGAGUUUACUCACCUGCUUUCCAGGAGGAAGGUGCCGCAAGUUAGGUGUCCAUCCAACAGUUCUGUAAAUACUUAAGCAACGCUGUAGUGGAUAUUAAGGAAAAUUCCCUUUGAAAUAUUUUAUCUUCAAUAUAGAAGGCACAUAUAUAUCUAUUUCUUGAAUGAAAGAGUUGUAUUCUAAAUAAAUUUUUUUGAAGGAUUUUUCAUCACAAAUCAACCUGGCUUCCUUCCCCAUUCCCUGUAGGCAAAGCCAUCAGCAGCUGAGAGACCUUCUUUUACACGGAAAUUUUUUAAGAACAGAGGAGCCCCAUCCAUGCAGCAAGAGCAGAAUAUGAUAUUUGGUCCCUGAAAUUGUUCCACAAAAUCAUUAUUUACAGAUCUAGGCUGCACAUCAGAGAGAAUUUUUAUCUGAGCAGAUUUAAUGGGGAGGAGGGUUAAAUAGCAUUUUUUUUUUUUUACUCAGUGGUUACUGAUUUACUACCCAAAGUUGUACAAUACAUUAAUUACCAGAACAGUUGGACCUAUUGAAGUUCUGAAGUGAAAGCCACAAAUUAUCAGAUAAAUUUAGAGUUGUGUAACUUUCUCAUAACCCUUCACUUGGAAAGCCUUUUUGCUUCCAGUAUAGGAUGAGGUCUGGCAGCAGGGUUAACCCUGACCCCUGAAUGUUCUAUAUGGACUUGUUCAUUUCUGCCACAUUCUUUCAGUUAAAUUUAGAUUUGCUGGCAGCUAUUAUGCCUCUUGCAAUAAGCCUCAUGACCAAACAUUGAAACAAAUAUGCCUUUUAUCACACAUGUUUUUGCUGAAUAAGAUUAGUGAAGAAUACUUGAAAGCUGAAAAACAAUGUGCAGAAGCCUUUUGUCCAAAAGGCACUAACCUUUCAAUGUCUGGAACUUAUUUUCUUUUCAGUGUUAGAAAAGAGCAAGUAAGUGUUUCAAUGAUUGCACCUUGAUUACCUCUAAUUUGUUGUUGGUAGUAAUGAAAUUUCAGCUGUGCAAGUGAAUACAGAGUCAGGAUACAUAUGAAUGUGUACAUGUAACAAAGUCAUUAAGCUGUUCUAAAAUACUGUGGUUGAUGUAGGAAGUAGCUACAUAGAACUGAGUUUUAUAUUUGGCUGAUUGCUAAAUAUGUCUCAGUAAAUCUUACUUGUUGGGAUAAUUCUUCUAUACCAUAGCUGUCUUAAGCAUAAUAGCUGCAUCUGUUGCUGAUUUUAGGAAGUUCAUACCACUUAAUUUUCUGUUUUCCAUGGAGGAUGAUUCUUGUUUUAUGAUUACGUUUUUUUUUAAAUCUAGCAUGAGUAUAUGGGACUUGAGAAAUCUAUAUGGCAAAAGAGUUCACUUUCAAGGCCAAUAAGUUGUUCUUGGCCUAGGGUGUGCCGUGGUCUUCAUAGACAGUGUUGCUCCACCUUGAAACACUUGUUUGACAAGGGAUUCUGUGGUCUCACUUUCUAUAUCUCUCUGCUCAUCUGUCUAGGAUAGGACAUGAGGAAAUGGUCUCAAAUUUACACCAUGGGAGGUUUAGACUGGAUAUUAGGAAUAUUUUUUUUUUCACUAAAAGGGUUUUCAAGCAUUGGAACAGGCUGUCCAGAGAAGCGGUGGAGUCACCACCCCUGGAGGUGUUUAAAAGAUGUGUAGCUGUGGCACUGAGGGACACGGUUUAGUGGGAGACUUGGCAGUGCUGGGUUAACAGUUGGAUUUGAUGAUCCUAAAGGUCUUUUCCAAACUAAAUGAUGCUGUGUUUGAAGGUAGCAUGUAAAAAGUGUUUCUGUAAAGCACUUCUGGUCUCUAUGCUUUCAAGGUUCUUCAAAAGGUAACAACGUUCCUAUGCAUUGCUGAAUGCCUAUGGCUCCAACAAAGAAAGACCUUGAGAAUAUAUGGAAAGGAGUGUUCUCCCUGUAACCUUUUAGGGAAAAAAAGGCCAAACAAUUAAUAAGGCAGGCCAUGAUUCUCUAGAUAAUUUAAAGUGAGAUUUUUUUCCUUCUGAAGGGCAAGACACAAAAGCUUCCAAAGGCGCCCUGACCCUACUGCCUGUGCAGUUGCUAUGGGCAGGAAACACUGGUACUCAGAUCUUUGGAGCACUUUGAUAGUGUCCAGCCUAGUUACAGGGACUGAACACUGUGGAGCUGUGUUCCUCAUGAAUGGAUUAGGCAAAAUUUAUUCACCAGUUAGAAGUCCUACUGUGCAGGCUGUAUAUUUCUGAAUGUAAGUAGCAUCAUGUUUUUUCUGUUUAGCAAGAAUUUCAGGCAACCUUUGAAAUACGUAGCCAAUCAGCAUUUGUUCCAAAUGGUGCUUUUGUGCCAAAUUUUCAAUUAGUGAAUGGCAUUUGUUAACUAGGCCCAUUUGGCUUUAUCUUCAAGGAUAAUGAAACCCCAUCUUUUUCCUCAUCCCCUUAAUAGACACAAUAUAGAGUUUUACUGAACUAAAAAAAAGAACUGAAUGGAGAAUGCUAGGAGAUUUAUAGUUUGGUGAAACUCCUUAGGAUUAGUAUUUUUUAGAAAUAACUGUGGUUUGAAUUCUGUAGCAUUAAAACAAGAAAUUUAUAAAAAUAAGGAGGCUUGACUCAUAGAGUUGUUUGAAAGAACAUUAGUGCAUAUUUGAAGUAUUGUUCCAGUAGGUAAAUAUUUGUUGAGAUAAAGGCAAAAUUUGCUUCCCUGUGCAUGGAGCUGUACUUUUUAUUGUAAUGCAAUGUCACAUGUGCUGUUGCAUACAUUUGGAGUGUCUUAGAAAUAUUUUGAAGUCUUCAUUAAUUUUUAUCUUUGUAUUUUCUAUGGAAAGUACUAAAUCAGAGACACCUCUCCAACACCCCUCAAAAUACUCUUUUCUGUCGUGGAAUAGAAAGUGGUCUGUUUCAACAUGUGGAAGUUGCUCCUGCAUCUUACUAAACUCAGAAAUCCAAACUUCUAAUGUAACCUUCAGUGCUUGUCACCUGGCAAGAACAAUUUCUGCAUAGCUCACAGAAAUCAAACGUGCUUUACUCACUUCCCUGUGUGAUUAUUGCUUCAGAAUUGUUUACUAUUAAGUCAGAAAACAUAUUCUUACAGCCUCUUUUUUAUAAAUUGCAUUUUAACUGUGUUGAGAAAUAAAACAUUCCUGUUAGAGUUUCGCAGAAUUUAUACAAUAUUGUUUGUGGAAUUUGUGUGGGUUUCCAUGUUUUGUCCUAGUUGAGUUUUUUGAGUGUUCUUUAGUAUUGGAAAGACCAGUAUGUGAGGAAGGAAAACCACAGGAAAACAUUUGCUUUGUUUACAAAUAAGUGUUGUGGACAUAUAUCAAUAUGCACAUUUCCUGUGUGAGGUCAUCUCACUCAGAAUGGAUUCAAUAUGAGAAGUGUCUUUUCAUACUCAUUUUCUGUGGAACGUCUUGCAGUUUACUUGGAAAUGGUUGGAAAGACAAUGGGAAGCAAUCAAAGUAUCUCUUUAAAUAAUUUUAAUAGCUGUAGAGCUGAAGUACAGCUUAGCAGUUAUAACAGCAUUUCAGGCAGUUGAAAAAAAUUGUGGAAUUCCAAAUAAGGAUUUGAAAAAGUAAAAAUUGUGAUAUUUAUUUUUCUGUGCUUCGAAACAAUCCCUACAAAGAUCAUAGUAGCCCCUCUGAAGGGAACAUGUGUCUGUUGCUAAUAUGGGACUUGGUGUCUGAAGAUUUGGGACCUUAGUUACUGGGAAGAAAAUGAGUAAUUCCAUUAAUAGUAAUAUAUGUCAGUGUAAUAGAGGAGUGAAUCUCCUGGAUUCUCUUUGUAAAGAGGUUUUUUUCUACAAUAGUGAGCCAGUUAGUUAUCUUUCUGUUCCACUUGUGAAAUGCUCUAAGGAAACAAAGCACCAUAAAGAUUUAUCAGACCCAACCAGAAAAGGAAUCUGAAUGGCCAGACUCUAUGCCAUGGCUUAUGAAGAAACUGGAACAGUUGAACUUAGAUAUUGAAGAAGCUCUGAGUGCUGGCUCUUCUCCAUCCAGUACUCCUUCUUCUAAAAGGCACAAGCAACUGUGCCCUGUUCAAGUAGAGGCAGGCCUUUAUGGAGAUCAUAAAGAAAAAGUAUCUUGGAAAAAGAGAAGAGGAGACUACCAGGAUCUAAAUUGUUUACCUUACCAACUGUUGACUGGAGCACGACCUAAAACUGAUAUGCUGUUUCAGAAGCUGUGCAAGGAAAAAGCAGAAAUCGAAGCAAAAGAAGCGUGUGACUGGUUACGUGCAGCUGGAUUUCCCCAAUAUGCUCAGUUCUAUGAGGACUCCCAGUUUCCCAUUGACAUUGCUGCAGUAAAGAAAGAUCAUGAUUUUCUUGACAAGGACCUUGUAGAACCCCUUUGCAGACGACUGAACACACUGAACAAGUGCGCCUCAAUGAAACUCGAUGUGAACUUCCAAAGAAAAAAGAGUGAAGAUUCAGAUGAAGAAGAUCUCUGUGCUAUCAGUAGUAAAUGGACUUUCCAAAGAACCAGCAAACGAUGGUCUCGGGUGGACGACAUUGACGCUCUGCUUCACCGAUCUGACAGACAUGGCUCUUCUGGGGACAUUAAAAUGAAAAACACGACAAGCAGCGAGAGCGUCCUCACAGAUCUGAGCGAACCUGAGCUCUCAUCAAUCCACAGCGAGAGCAGUGGGGGCAGUGACAACAGGAGCCAAUCUGGCACCACCAGUGCUGCCAGGGAGGCCUGCGACUGCUCUGCCCAUCAUGAUGUGGAAAGCACGCUGCUGCAGGACUCCGCUGCAAUAAACACUGCCCCGUCCCCCAAGGACGGCCUGAAGAAUGAAAAUCCAACACGAGCCAGAGCGAAAACCUUUCUAAAACGCAUGGAGACGCUAAAAGCAAAAGCUGUGCAUGGAAAACUAAAAGGCUCAGGAAGAACAGGUCCUUUAGAGAUCAGCGGACCGGUUCUCCAGUUUGAGCCAAAAUCCUUGAAAGACAUGCACUGUGUACAGAUAGUCAAUGGUGAUCUCCAGAAUUUGGGGCAAGAUUCAGUCAAAAGAGGGCUUCCCUUUUCUGCCAAAUCCAGCAGUGACAGCAGUCAGUCUGAAAACAGCAGCAGCGGGGUGAGCACACCGUGUUUGAAGGAACGCAAGUGCCAUGAAGCAAACAAGAGAGGUGGGAUGUACCUGGAGGACCUGGAUGUCCUGGCAGGAACGGCCUUACGGCAAGUGGUGGACCAAAACCGCAAAAAUGAAUUCCAUUCCCAAGAGAACUUGGUUGUGCACAUUCCCAAGGAUCACAAACCAGGGACCUUCCCAAAGGCACUUUCUAUCGAAAGCCUCUCACCUACAGACAACAGUAACAGUGUAAACUGGAGGACAGGCAGCAUUUCUUUGGGAAAACAGAACUGCUCUACUCCAAAGGAAUCUGGACUGAUGGCCUGCUGUCCUAAAGAGAGCAGAAUUAGUAUUUAUGACAAUGUGCCAGGUUCCCACUUGUAUGCUAGUACUGGGGACCUCCUGGACAUAGAGAAAGAUGUCCUUUUUCCUCAGUUGGAUGACAUUUUGCAACAUGUCAAUGGACUGCAGGAGGUGGUAGAUGGCUGGUCAAAGAAGGUGUUGCCAGGUCUGCCAGUUGGUGACGUGUCAGUCAGGGAAUCCCCAUCACUGCCUUUCCAGUCUCCUACACAGAUCACUCUUGAUUUUGAAGGAAACUCUGUGUCUGAUGGCCGGACCACCCCGAGUGACAUGGACAGAGAUGGAACAUCCCUGAAUGAAUCUGAAGCCACUGGUGUUAGGGACAGGAGGGACUCUGGGGUGGGAGCAUCGCUCACAAGGCCAAGCAGGCAAUUACGAUGGCAGAGUUUCCAAAUCUCUCAUCGCCUGAGCCACUCCAUUGCAUCGCUUCACAUCAGCAACCAGUCAGCAGCCCAGCUGAAUCUACUGCAAAAAUUCUCUCUGCUUCGUCUCACUGCCAUCAUGGAAAAGUACUCCAUGUCAAACAAACAUGGCUGGACCUGGUCUGUGCCAAAGUUCAUGAAGAGGAUGAAAGUCCCUGACUACAAGGACAAGAAUGUCUUUGGUGUGCCCCUGAUAGUUCAUGUCCAGAGAACAGGGCAGCCUCUUCCCCAGAGCAUACAACAAGCCCUGCGCUACCUACGGAGCAACUGUCUAGACCAGGUGGGUCUGUUUCGGAAAUCUGGAGUGAAAUCCCGAAUCCAGGCCCUGCGUCAGAUGAACGAGAGCUCCCCAGAAAACGUCAGCUAUGAAGACCAGUCAGCAUACGAUGUGGCUGACAUGGUCAAGCAAUUCUUCAGGGACUUGCCAGAACCUCUCCUCACAAGUAAACUAGGAGAGACUUUUCUGCACAUCUAUCAAUAUGUCCCCAAGGAGCAGCGGCUGCAGGCGGUGCAGGCGGCCAUCAUGCUCAUGGCCGACGAGAACAGGGAGGUUCUGCAGACCCUGCUCUGCUUCCUCAGCGACGUCACCUCCGUGGAGGAAAAUCAGAUGACUCCCAUGAACAUCGCUGUCUGUCUGGCCCCUUCCCUCUUCCAUCUCAAUAUAGUGAAGAAAGAAAGUUCACCAAGAGUAAUACAGAAAAAAUAUGCAACAGGGAAGCCAGAUCAGAAGGACCUCAGUGAAAACCUGGCAGCUACUCAGGGACUUGCUCACAUGAUAAUGGAAUGCAACAAACUUUUUGAGGUCCCACAUGAGAUGAUCACCCAGUCCCGAAACUCCUAUGUUGAUGCAGAAGUGCAUUCUCCUACCCUGGAAGAGCUUGGGAAACAAGUGGAUGAGGAAGGAGGGAACUAUCAGAUGUACCUGGAAACUCUCAUGCAGAAUCUCCAGAAAGAAGCAAAAGAGAAAUUCAAAGGAUGGGUCACAUGUUCCAGUGUAGAGAACACAGAACUCGCCUACAAAAAGGUUGGGGAUGGGAACCCACUAAGGCUUUGGAAAGCCUCAGUUGAAGUUGAAGCCCCGCCAUCAGUUGUCCUGAACCGAGUGCUGAGAGAACGUCACCUCUGGGACGAGGACUUCUUGCAGUGGAAGGUGGUGGAGAGCCUGGACAAGCAGACGGAAGUUUACCAGUAUGUUUUGAACACCAUGGCUCCUCACCCUGUCCGAGACUUUGUUGUUCUCAGGACAUGGAGGACGGAUUUGCCCAAGGGGAUGUGCAUGCUGGUUGCCAUCUCUGUGGAGCAUGAGGAGGCUCCUCUCAUGGGAGCUGUGCGAGCCAUCGUAAUGGACUCCCAGUACUUGAUAGAGCCCUGUGGCUCAGGAAAAGCCAGGCUGACCCACAUCUGCAGGAUUGACCUAAAAGGACAUUCCCCAGAGUGGUACAACAAAGGCUUUGGACAUCUGUGUGCAGCAGAAGUUGCCAGGAUCAGAAACUCAUUUCAACCUCUGAUUGCUGAGGGACCAGAAACAAAAAUCUGAGGAAGUGUUCCUGGGAGCAUGUGAGCAUAAAUCAGGGUCUCGCAGGGAACAGGAAUACUGAAAGCAAAGGUCUGAUUUAAGCUGCAGAAAUCUGACCAGACGUGGGUCUGUACAAAGCUGAAAAAGGAAUUUUAUAGGAAAGUUAUUUUAUUCUGGAGACUUCACCUUCCCCCCUCCCCCACAUCCACUCUUAAUAUUAAUUUUGAUUAUUGAACUAAACAUUUCUUCAGAGAGCUUUUAUUACUUUAAAAACAGAUUAUUGCCAUUACUUGUAUGUUACAUAACUUUGGUAUUUAAAGGCUUCUAAGAAGCAUAUUUUAAUUGUAAAUAAAUAAUGUACAGUAUGUAUAUAUUUAUCUAUAUUCUAUCUAUAUAUAUGUAUAUGUAUAAAUUAAUUAUUUUGUAUAUAACUCAGUGCAAAUCACUUGCAUCAGUUGGACCUUAAGUGGACCUGUCACUUGUUUCUUAGUGUGUCACUGCUACAUAAGCUGUGUUUGCUGUUAUCACAGAGCUACCAGGCCUAAUUUGUGUGAUAACAAAUGCCUGUUCCCAAAUAUGUUUUGUGUUUGUGUGUGCUAUGAGAAGGUACCUAGAAAUAGAUGUAGGAAGAAUUACAGGAACUAAGGAAGAAGGAGGUUACAGUGCAUUUAAAAAUAAUGAGGAGGGAAUCAGUCUCACCAAAUAAAAUACAUGGAGAUGCAUCUGAAACAGACGUUGUGGAGGCCAUUUAUGUUCAGCUGCAGAAUUGUGACUUUUAGUGGAAGGUGUUGAAAACUACCUGUUGCCUUAAAUGACUGGUGUCUGUCAGUAGAGACCUCACUGUGUGCAGUGUUCCAGGUAACUGCUCACCCUCGGACAGCACAAGGUAAUGCUGUGUGUCCUGAGAUGGCUGAAAUCAGACUGGUAACUUAUUAAGCUGUAAAUUAAUUAUUUUUUGUAAGCAUUUUGUCUAGGUUCUGAGUGUUUCUGUGCUCUUUCCUUCUCCCAUAGAGAUGGCUAAUCCAAAGCAGAUUUUCCACAUCCAGUGGACACAAAGACAUGCAGAUGAACACCAUGCCUUUUAAUAUUCUUGCUAUAUAAAUAACUAUGCUUUUUUUAAGAUUUUAAACACAUCUUGGAUAUUUAAAAGAUUAAAUAAAUACUAUUCCUGGAAA